GAGACUCGGACUCCAAUGCCAGGUGAACGGCAUUGACUCUAAUCAGCAGCAGCACAGCUUCUGAACAGAGAGGCAUGAAAACACGACUGCUGCUAUUUCCACGCCUUUCUUUUAGAGUAUCAUACAAACCUUGGCGGGAGCUGUCAGCCAUGUCUGGCAGCGUUGUUCUCUUCUCAAGACUCUUUGUGGGGAUCUGUGCUGCUGUCAUACUGAUUGUAAUGUGUUCACAUGCUGCAAGAGCCAGUCCAGCAGAACCUACAAUCCAAAAGACAGUGAAGUACAGCCUCGUGAGACGACUCAAUCCUGAGCAACAGCUUCCCUCCUUAGCUGGUCAGCUGGGCAAAGAACAAGAAGUCCAAACACCAGCAGACGCCCUGUCGAUCAGCAAUCAUCAAUUCUAUCCUGUCCACUUUACUCAAGGUAGUUUUAGUUACAUUCAGAACGGCCUCAAUAAGACGCGGCCUCGAGUGAAGAUAAUCAAACUACAGAGAGGUGGAAUGAUGAGGCCAGCAAGCGGCGUUUUCACCACUCAUUCCCCAUACAAAAGACCAGGGUUUGAUGAAUCCAGAAUUCCUGACAACAGUCUUCCUCAGAAAGAUGAAAAUAUGUACAACUCUAACAUUAACUGGAUUAAAUAUCCAAAGAAACCUGGCAGCAAAGGAGGGAUCCGUCUGACUCCCUUAUCAAAGGGAGAUGAAAACAAGUCUGCAAGAAAGUUGAGUUCUGUUUUUCCAUCUCAGACAGGUAGACUUCAGAGUGCUCAACUUCUAACCCAAAGGUGGCUUGGCAGGGACUUUUUGGAAACAAAUCAGCUUCCCACGGUCAGAGUCCAGAGCGGUGCCAGUAGGAUGCAACUAAAAAAUGUCUUUGACUUUACAAAUCAGGCUUGGGGUGGUGUGCAAUCGCUCAGCAACAGUUUAAGCGUUAUUAAACGAAACUCAAGCCAAGAAAAGCCAACAUCCAUCUCAAAAUUUCCACAGAACCAAAACUCUAUAAGCAGUAAAGAAAUGCUAGGACACAAUAACAUCCAGUCGUAUCGCUUUAAAGAAUCUCCAGCUCAGAUUUACACUGUGAAGAAUGUUGAGCAAAAACCUUUUAGAGGACAGAGAAAUACUGCUAACUGGGCCCAGAAACAGUCUGGGACACAAGAGAAAAGUAGAUUUAUUUCUAAUCUCAACCAUUUUACUAGCACAAACCCAAACAAAGACGAAUCUGAAGCCCAAAUAGGUUUUGGUCGACGUCAGGUCAUUUUCUAUCCCACUCCACACAAGGCUGCAGCCCCUGCACCAGGUUUUUUGCAUCCUGUUUCAGAGGACAAGAAUCAGCUAAAUCUUGUCUCUGUAGUUCAUUCUCAAGGUGGUAGAAAGGCAUUUGGUGUACUGGACCGAGUCAACGUGACUUCAAGAGAGCUGAGACAGGAGUACACAGCAGGUCAGUCUGUUAAAAGAUUUCAUCCACUAGAGGGAGCCAAAGCUUUACCUCAGAGAGCAGACUCACCCGUCAAACCCAAACCAAGUUUCAAAGGGUUUGAACUCCUCAGGAGCUCUGAGGUCUCCAGACCCAAACCCAUCAGGAUUUACAGAUUGUACAAUCAAAGAGACAAGGAGCCAGGUAGCAGUGGUGACUUUAAAAUGCCUCCAAAAAUUGCAAGAGCUGAUGGCUCAAUCUCAAGAUUUGCAUCCAACAAGGCCCACGUUCUUCAGGGGUUUCUGCCCAGUAAAAACCAAACUGUAGGCAGUCGCAGCAGAACCAACUGGACAUAUGCAGCAUGGAUUUCUCCGAUAGCCUCUUCAUCUUAUCUGAGCUCACUAGAGCAGUCCACAGAUAAACCGAAAGCAGCUGACGGAAACCAACCUGCCGCAGAGGAGGUGCCUAAGUUCAGGACCCUCACCAGCCGCACAGUGAGGGGCAAACGGGUGAAGCUGACCCAAACCGGCAGCAGAAAGCUCCCCAGACCCAUCGCCAUCAAUUCUACGGGCAACUCGGUCAUACGCAGGCUGUCCAGGGUGAAAGCCGUCACGUACGAGGACGUCCUGGGAAGUGCUUCGUUCAGCAGUGUGAGGUCUCCGGUUCGUCAUCAGGAUCGUUUCCCAAACAUGACGACUGUUCAGGGAGAAGGCUGGAGCUCAAAAUCGGAUGAUGUCAAGAACACAAGUGGAAGUCCUAAAGCAAAUGUCACCAACGAGGAGACGGUGAGUGUUUAUAGGAAGGAAGAAGCAGACAGUGAAGUAGAAACAUCAGAUUUGUUUUUCGAGAGUGAAGGAAGUGGGAAUUUGGAUUUGUCUGACGUUUUAUCAACCGCCUCAGAGAACGGGCCAGCAGGAAAUGACCUGCUGGAGCUCGACUACCUCCGAAGAGCCACUGGCAACGUCUCCUUCAAAUCACUGAGUAAAUCACAUCUGGAGCAGCAAUAGAAAUGUGCUGAAGUGUUCCCUUCUUGGAGCAAAUCUAAUGAAUAAACAUUUUUGGAAAACCA